AUGCGGUUGUCUUCUCUCCUUACACUGGCAUGUUCCUUAACAGCCUUCAUUCUUUCCAUCCUCUGUCUGCUUGCCGGCGAUAAGAGGACAUUUCUGCAAGACACCGAGAUAUUGACGCUCAACAUCUCUCGUCUUGGUCAUGGCAAUCUAUUUGAAACCUCGAGUGGUGACAGCGGAUUGCUCUCGGGCUUGAGCAGCACCAUUCAGCAGGAUAUCAACGACCUCAUCGGCGAUGCAGCCACGGACAUUGCUUCACUCCUGGGCCUACCUGAUUUCUUCAAUGUCCAUGCCACAGACUACUGCCAGGGCAAAUAUUCACCCAACUCCACUGCGCACCAUGCCAAAUCAAAUGUGACGGAAUGCUCGAAAUCGUCCUUGGGCUUUCACUUCGAGCCCACCAAGAUUGUCCAGGAUCAUCUGCCGGCCGGGAUCACCUUGGGUGAUAUCCAUUGGCCCAGCGAUAUCACCGACGCCGAGCACAUCCUCAAAGUGGUCAGCCGCGUCAUGGUGAUCUUCUUCAUCGUCGGCAUAGUCUUGUCAGGUGUUGCCAUUUUCACGGCCGCCGCUGGCAUCUUUACCGAUGGCCGACUGUCAGCAUUCUUCAACUGGUUGGUGGAUGUGCUGGCGUUCAUUACCCUCGGCGUCGCCUCAGCCGUCGCCACGGCCGUGAUGGUCAUUGCAACCAACCGCAUCAACAAAUACACGGAUCAAAUCGGCAUAUCGUCAACCAAAGGCGGGAAGUUUCUGGCGAUGACCUGGGCGGCGACGGCGGUCAUGCUGCUGGCAUCUUUGGUGUCUAUCGUACAAUGUUGUGUGGGACGAUCCAGACCCAAGCGUUAUGGCGGGAAAGAAGGUUACUGA